UAAAAGCAGUUGUCAACAAUCAUUGCAUAGUGAAACAAAUUGUGUUGCCGAACAUUAAACGGUAAAACUGCAGAGAAUUUUUAAACCGGUGAACAUGAAGCUUUAUACUAUAAAUCCACUUUACACGUCUCUGUUUUCGGUGCUUAUUUUUGCGGCAUUAACCUCUUCAUUCUCAAUGUUAUAUGACAAUGGACGAACAUUCAUAAAUUCAAAAUUUGAAGUUGUUUAUGGAGGAAACAAAACUUUAAAUAUAGAUGGAAUGACACUAACGAAUUUGAAAAGCUAUAGGCAAUUAACAGUUGAUGAACAAUUAAAAGUACAGGAGAUAAAGAGAAAUAGAGAUUUACAGAGAGAAAAGGAGUGGAAAGAGCGGGAUGAAGCAAGAGAAAGGGAACGAAUAUCACGUGAGGCUGAAUUAGAGAAGGAACGGGAGCAGCGGGAAAAGGAACGGGUGCAACGGGAGAAGGAAAAUGAGCAACGGGAGAAGGAACGGGAGCAACGCGAAAAUGAACAACGAAUGCGUGAGGCUCAGUGGGAGAAGGAACGGGUGCAACGGGAGAAGGAAAAUGAGCAACGGGAGAAGGAACGGGAGCAACGCGAAAAUGAACAACGAAUUCGUGAGGCUCUGAGGGAGAAGGAACGGGUGCAACGCGAACAUGAACAACGAAUGCGUGAGGCUGAGAGGGAGAAGAAGCGGGAGAGUACAGGAAAAUGGAAUAACAAUUAUGGUAUAUGGAGCGACGACAACGAGGAGAAGAAUGAGAAAGAUAUCAGAAAAGACGUGAUGCCGAAAGAGCAAAUCGUAAAACGCAGGCAGUCCAACGUGAAGCGGAAAGAGUACAAGGGGAAACCAGCGGAGCCGAUAAAUCGGAAGCAGCGUAGACCUAAUACUACCCAAAAUAAACCACUCAGUCGUGGAGGGAGUAGAAGAACAUUAAUCCAACAAAAUUAUUAAUAAUAUAUAAGAUUAAAUUAUUUUCUAAGUAGUAUCUCAAACAAUUCUUUUAUUAAAAUUAUUUAUUUCUAUUUUAGUUUAAUCAUUGAUCAUUACGUAGUUCAGUUAAAAUGUUAUUACUGUGUUAUGUCGGUCUCUUCAUCUAGGUAUUACUAACACAAUGCUGUAAUCUAUAAUCACAAAUAGCAUGAUUCUCAUAAUGAAUUACUUUUUAAAAAAUUAUUAGCAUUUAGUAUAAUACAUAUAAGCUAUAAUUAUUAUUUUACAUUAACCGGUAUAUUUAAGCUUAUAUAUUUGGUGAAAAACUGUAAAUUCACACAUUAUAAUAUUCAAAAUUAUACGUUUUACUUUAUAUCUUA